AUGAAGUUCCAACUCAACCCCAAGGCAGGCCUCGCAGCACUCGUGCUGCUGGCUUGCGCAUCAAUCACCGAAGCCCAUACGUGGACAGAGCAGCUUCGCCUCAUCGCAUCGAACGGUACCUUCGUCGGCGCACCGGGCUACCAACGGGGCUAUUCCCCAAGAAAGGCCGGCGUUGAUACAAAUAAAGAUAUGGUCUACGAACUCAACGGCCAAAAUAUCCCCAAGACAUCUCCGAUGUGCAAGGCCAGUCAAAAGAUCGGAAAUCAGACACCAGGAUUCGACAUGCUCAAGGCAGCACCCCAAGACUUCAUCGCCAUACAGUACGAAGAGAAUGGGCACGUUACCUUGACCAAUGAUGGCCUUCCAAAGGGCACACAACCACAACCAACAAGACCCGCAGGAAAUGGAACCGUAUUUGUGUACGGUACAAAGCAACCAUCGAAUGACGAUACUUACUUCGGCAUCCACAGAGUCUGGAACGCAGACGGAACCGGAGGUGACAAGCGUGGCAAGCUCCUCGCAACUCGCUAUUUCGAUGACGGCCAGUGCUACCAAAGCAACAACGAUGCUUACUCCGCUUUCCGAAAAUCAAAGAGCCCCGAAGAUGGCGAGGUACUCUGCCAAACCGAUGUUCAGCUUCCCGCCGACGCCGGAACCACUGGCACGUACACUCUCUACUGGGUCUGGGAAUUCCCAAGUCUGGAUCCAAAGACCGGCUCCAUCAUCACUCCCGAGGAUUACACGGCUUGCAUUGACAUCAGCAUGACCUCCAAUCCCGUCCCAGCAGCCGGUGCCUUCGUCGCCAAGCAAGACAUCAAGUCCAAGGCCAUCGAAGCCCAACUCAAAACUUCCUUCUUGGUAGAUCCAUCAGCCGUUCCCGUUCUCCAAGCUGCCGCCAAACCUUUCUCAGGCGAAGCACCUUCAUCUGGACCAAACGGAAGCGCCGCUUCAACACCUACUGUGACCGGAACUGCCAAACCUAAGCAAUCCUCCGGCGGUCAAAAGCCCAACGGGGCCGCUCCAAGCGCCGCCGGCGCUGACAACAUCGUCACAGUCACAGUCACCAAGACCGUUGACCGCUCUACCGCCCCAACCAGCGCCCCCCAAACGCAACAGCCAAAACUAAGCAUAAACGAAAGCGCAGCUACAUCAUCUAAGGCCACUGGCACCAACCAAGCCAAGCCAGGCAUCACCGGCGUGCCAGUCGUCCAACCCUUCCUGCCAGGACGCAGACAAGCUCGAGCAUUUUCCGCAUGA